AUGAAGGCAAAAUCCACUUCAUAUGAAAAAAGAAUUAUAAACUCUGACAACAAGCAAAGGACCAUGUGGGCUAUCUGUAACGAGAUAAGAGGAACAAACACAAGCACAGGAGAUUUCCCCAAGAAAGGGGAUCCUCUUGAACUGGCAAACGCAUACAACAACUAUAUGUCAAACAUGAUUCCGAAACUUCUUGAGAAUAUUCAAGUUGUGAAUUUUGAGUGUCGUAUACAAGAUAAUGAUAGGUCAAUGCUGCUUCAACCAACAACCGAAGAAGAAAUAUCCAGGAUAAUUCAAAAAUUGAAAAACAAAUAUUCAUGUGGAGAUGAUGAAAUACCAACCAAAAUUAUAAAAGAAUGCAAGGAGGAAUUGAAGAGUAUUCUUUCCUAUAUAAUAAACAAUUCUUUCAAGUAUGACAUCUUUCCAGACCAGCUGAAAAUAGGGUUGAUUCAUCCCAUCUAUAAAAAGGAGAUAAAGAAAUAUUUGACAACUAUCGUCCAGUCAGUGUGUUACCAACCUUCUCUAAGAUCUUUGAACAUUGUAUGUGUAGGAGGCUGA